UGGAUGUGUCCGGAGAAAUUGUCUCGUCUCCGCAGUCCUAAUAAAAAAGACGAACAAUACCAAAAAAAAAAGAGGAAAAAGAUCGAGCAAAGAAAAAAAAAAUAAAAGAAAGGCAGAUAGGAAGAAGAAUCCACCAUGUUCGAUCAUCACUAAUUGAUCCCAAAUCUCGACGACCUUCUAACCCUUUUUCGCCGGGUUGCAGUAAGCAGCUAGGGUUCAAGAAAUCCUCUCUUUUCUCUGAAGAUUGGAUUGGUAAAUUUUGUUUGUUAGGAGACGAUGAAGGCGAUGGAGACUAUACAAGAUCUGAUCGAAGAAGCUAAAAUACGGACCGUCUGGUGGGCUUUGUGCAUCUUCUCCGUCACAUACUUGUUGACCCAUACAAGCAAGUCUAUGUGGAUGAAUUUGCCAAUGGCAAUCCUCAUUCUUGGCGCUCUUCGGAUUCUUCUUAAUCAGAUUGAGUUCAGAUGGAAAGUUAUGCCUGAUCCAAGACAGAGCAGGCUCUCUUAUCCCGCCAAGAAGCAGCUGUCCUUGAAUGAUCCUCGUCUUUCCACUACCCCACCACCUCCUAGGUGGAAGAAGAAUAUCGACUCUCCUGUUGUGGAAGCUGCCAUCAAUGACUUUAUCGACAAGAUCCUCAAUGAUUUCGUUAUAAAUUUGUGGUACUCUUUGAUCACCCCGGAUAAAGAGGCCCCUGAACUCAUCCGUGGAGUUAUCAUGGAUGCUCUUGGUGAAAUUUCAGUCAGGGUAAAAGAGAUCAAUAUCGUCGACCUGCUAACUAGGGAUAUAGUUGAUCUGAUAGGUGAUCAUUUGGAGAUUUUUAGAAGAAACCACGCUGCUAUAGGUACUGAUGUUAUGAAGACAUUGUCAUCUGAAGAGAGAGAUGAAAGAUUGAAGUACCAUCUUAUGGCUUCUGGGGAGCUUUAUCCUGCACUCAUUUCGCCUGAGAGUGAGUACAAGGUUCUUCAGAGAAUAGUCGCUGGCAUAUUAUCUGUGGUUCUCAGACCGCGAGAAGCUCAGUGCCCUCUUGUUCGAACGAUAGCUAGAGAGAUUGUUACUUGCUUGGUAGUUCAACCUCUUUUGAAUUUAGCAGCCCCCGAGCGUAUCAACGAAGUGCUUGAGAUCAUUAUCAAUAUUAUUAAAGAGGGAAACUUUGAGCAGUUUUCUGGGGAAGAACAGAGUGUUUACUCUGCCUCAUUGUCAGCCUCCGAUAGCCAAGCAAAAAGUAUGAAUUUGGCAAAAGUUAAUGAGCAGGAAACACCAUCCGUAGACGAUGAAAGACAUCCUGAACUGCGCAUUCAACAGAACUCUGGUGAUUGGGCUCGGAUGCUAGAGGUCGCAACGCAAAGGAGAACCGAGGUUCUUACUCCCGAAAACCUCGAAAACAUGUGGACCAAAGGAAGAAACUACAAAAAGAAAGAGUACAAAAAAUCUCUGAAAACGGGUUCUUCCGUUAGUAGUCCAGUAGAAGCCAAACAGAAAACCCAUAGUUCCAUACCGGGGACUACCAGUGGUGCAGAAGAAAAAGCAUUGGUACAUUUGCCCCCUAGAGUUAGCGUUGAUAAGCACUCACUAACGCAGAUCGAAGAGGAUAUUAGUAGAACAGCUUCAUGUGAAGGAGGGCGCCAUAUGUAUGAGGUUGGUGUUAGACAGGAAUCUCCUUCGGAUGGAAAUAAGAACAGAUUUAAGAGAUCUAAUAGUACGUCGGAUCUUUUAAAACCUGAAACGAGGCUGGCACUAUUAGGGGUCGGUGAGGGUCCUCUUAUCACAGAUUUCUACACCAGUACUUACAUCAAGCACAAUGAGAAUCAUACUUGUGAUAGUAAAUCUCCAAACAUCGUUCUUAACAAAGAGAGUCAGCAAUGCUCAAAACUGAAAUGUCGGGUUCUUGGAGCUUAUUUUGAGAAGAUGUCAUCAAAAUCAUUUGCAGUAUAUUCUAUUGCGGUGACAGAUACGGAAAACAAAACUUGGUUUGUUAAGAGAAGAUACAGUAAUUUCGAGCGGUUGCAUCGCCAACUCAAAGAAAUCCCGAAUUACAAUUUACAGUUGCCUCCCAAGCGUAUAUUCUCAUCAAGCACCGAAGAUGCUUUUGUUCAUCGCCGCUGUAUUCAGCUGGACAAGUAUCUACAAGAUCUCUUGUCUAUAGCUAAUGUUGCUGAACAAUAUGAAGUUUGGGAUUUUCUAAGGGAGUCCUCAAAAAACUAUUCAUUUGGAAAGUCUUCAUCAGUGAUGAAAACUCUUGCAGUUAACGUUGAUGAUGCCAUGGACGAUAUUGUACGUCAGUUUAAAGGGGUCUCGGGUGGCCUUAUGCGCAAGGUUGUAGGAUCUCCACUUGAAGAAACUGAUCAAGCUCCCGCGCGCCACCUCUCCUGGAGUGUACAUGACAUGAACACUCACCUCGCUAAGGAAACUGCAACUGAAUCGAUGCACAGCAGCAUUUCCGAUAAUGAAGACAUUGACAAACUUGGAGAGAACACCCAAGGGGAAGGUAGUCUUGUUUCAGAAGCUAAUGGGUGGCACUCAGAUAAUGAACUGGACUCUAAGUAUUUCCAACCAAGAGUGGUCAGACGUCUUGGAGAGCCUGAGAAAAUGCCCUUGGAUAAGGAAAAUGAUUAUAAAGCAAAAUCUGAAGUAAGAGGGUUCAGCGAUUCGCAGCAUGCCGAUCCAUCCACAAGUGUGGCUCCUAGUCCUACUGGCGUACCUGAGUGGAAUCCGCCCAAUGUCAGUGUGCCGAUUUUGAACCUAGUCGACAAGGUGUUUCAGUUAAAUAGAAGAGGCUGGUUAAGGAGGCAAGUUUUCUGGAUAUCAAAGCAAAUAUUACAGCUAGUUAUGGAAGAUGCUGUGGAUGACUGGCUCCUGAGGGAAGUGUGUUGGCUGCGGAAUGAAGACACAGUAGCUCAUGGAAUACGUUGGGCUCAAGAUCUUCUUUGGCCAGAUGGCGUGUUCUUUACCAGAGUGGGUGACGGUCAAGAGGCAUCGGAUAGGACCGACCCUAGUGAUAAUGCUUUCCAAAUAGCAGGCCAACUUGGUGGCAUGAAGGAUGUUAAACCCAGUACCUUUGAGCAGCAAUUCGAAGCUUCACGUAGGGCUAGUGAAAUCAAGAAAUUCCUUUUCGAUGGGGCGCCAACAGCCUUAGUGGGCUUGGUAGGGCACAAUCAGUACAGGAGAUGCGCAAGAGACAUCUUCUAUUUCACUCAGUCAAACAUAUGCAUAAAGCAACUAACAUUUGCAAUACUGGAGUUGCUACUCCGAACGGUAUUCCCGGAGCUGAAAGAUCUUCUGAGAGACAUAAGGGAGAACUCGAACGGUCGGUCAGAGUAAUAGCACCAUGUUUAUAAUGAGGGAGGUAGCCUAAGAUUGACAUGAACCAGUUGCUUUAUCUUUCUCUUUAUUAAACUUCGAUUCUUUUCUUUUUUUUUUUUUUUGCUUUUAGUGCUUUUUGGGGUUCUUUUAAAUAUUCUUCCUUGUGUAUAAAACAUCAAUUUGCGAGGGUUUUGUAUACAACAAUGACAGAAGGGUUCUGUAUAUAAACCUUUUGUGUGUUUC